AUGUCGUCAGCAACUUUAACAGCUAUUCAAAAUCAAAUUAAUAUUUAUGGAAAUGCAUUUUUGAUGGUCAUGGGAAAUAUUGGAAAUGUUUUGAUCAUUAUGAUUUUUAGUCAACAACAUAAAAGUGCAUGUUCAUUUUAUAUAAUGAGUGCAGCUGUAGUGAAUUUUAUUUUUUUAACAAUUAACGCUUAUUUUCAAAUAUUCCCAUUUGAUUAUAGUACUGGAACAACAGGUUCAAUUAUUUUCUGUAAAGUAUCUGCUUAUAUACUAAAUAUUUUUGGACAAUUAGCUAAAACAUUGCUUGUUUUUGCAUGCAUUGAUCGUUUUCUAAUCACCAGUGAUCGUGCUAGUUUUCGAGCAUUUAGUACACUUAAACGAGCAAAAUAUCUUGUAUUUUUAUCUUGUAUUUUUUGGUCGGUACUUCCUCUUCAUGUUCCAAUAAUGAGAACUGUAGUCAAUGGACGAUGUGGUGCAUCUGGUAUUUACUCAACAAUUUUUGCAUUAAUAUUUGUUUGUUUAUUUCCAUCUAUGACAUUGACUAUAUUUGGCUCUUUAGCUUAUUAUAAUUUGAAGAAAUUACAAAAUCGUGUUCAUCCACUUCUACAAAAUACAAAUAAUCAAAAUAAUACUUUUCAACGACGAGAUCGAAAUUUAUUAAUUAUUGUUUUUUCUGAAGUAUUUACAUAUAUUAUUACAUCAAUUUUAUAUCCUGUAAUUCUAUUAGAAACAACAAUUAGUCAAUAUGUAGUACUACAUAAGAGUGCUCAGUAUUCACAAAUUGAGAGUUUCCUACUAACUAUUGGCUAUCUUUUAUUAUUCUCUAAUAGUGCGAUACCUUUUUAUUCUUAUUAUAUUGGAUCAAAAUCAUUUCAACGAGAUGUUAAAAAAUUAAUAAUAAACAUUUAUCAAAAAAUAACAAAACAAUUACCUUCUGAAAAUGUCUCUACAACAAAUCGAAUAUUAACACAACGAGACAUUCAUGUUUAA